UUGAAAUCAAAAGAAAUGUCUGCUCAAUUUUUUACAAAAUUAAGUAAAAAUUAUAUCGAAAUUUUGGAAGAUAAUGAAUAUUAUGAUGUUACUAUUGAAGUUGGUGAGGACCCGAACGUAAAAAUAUUUCGUGCACAUAUGAUUAUCUUAUGUCAACGUUCACCAUUUUUACGGCGAAUGUUAACUUCAAACAAAAAGAAUAAUGAUGAUGUAUUAGUUCAUAUUAAAUUAUCGAAUAUUUUACCGGAAACCUUCCAAAUUAUUUUAAGGUAUCUUUAUGGUGGUAUUUUUUCAUCAAAUGGACAUGAUACUUCAGAUAUUUUUAAAGUCUUAGUUGCUGCUGAUGGGCUUCUUCUUCAAGAAUUAGUUGA